UAAGUAAACACUUUUUCACCCGCAAAACCCAAGGGGCAGUGUCACGUUCUACUACCUCCCGUCUACAAUUUAGGGUUUUAGCCCUCCUUCAUCAUCUCCAAAAUCGUCACACUGCCUCCAAUCCUCUCUCUCCCCCCUCAACCCAAAAAAUGGGAAAGAAGAAAUUCAUCGAGAAGAAAAAGUCGGCGACUUUCCAACUCUUCGCCAGAGACUAUUCUGAUCCAAACUACUCCGACGGGCCCACCGGCGACCGAGUUUUCGUCAGAGUCGACAAUAACCCUUACUCAGCUCCCGACACGUUCUGCGACGACCAAAACGGUGCCGUUCCCGGCGAGGAUCCCAACUCGGUGUUCGCCGACGCAGAAGACGAUUAUGACGACGACGGCGGCGGUUAUUUUGAGACGGAGCCGACGGCGUUACCGGAUCAUGCGAGGAAGGAGAUAUUAGAGCUAGGGUUUCCGGACGACGGUUAUAACUAUUUGGAUCAUUUGAGGGAGAUUAAGAACACUGGUGGUGGUUCGACGUACUAUCAUAACGAGAAGGCCAAGCUCGAUCCGGUUCCUGUCGAUGUCAAGGCAUAUGACGCUUCCAGAGUAGAAAUUCCGAAAGUGAACGAGGAUUCUAAUGAGAAGUCAAUUUACAGUGUGGCAUCGAAGACUGUAGGUGUUAGGAUUCAGAAAGCAGUUGAUCCUGAAGUAGUUGCAUUGCUUGAUGAUAGUGACCUGUCUCGCUUUGGUUCUGAUGAUGAAGAUUUUGAAGAGGAUUUUGUGGUCAAAGCUAACCUUCCUGAUGAAGUCGAGGAUGUGGAGUUCGAUGAAAAGUUGUGUUUAGCUGAAAAAUCGGGGGGGAGUAGAAGAGAAAUUGCUGAGUCUAGUGGUUCUCAUUCCCAAGGUAAUAUAUUCAACUUUGUUGGUGCCGGUGAAGUAAGCAAUCACCAAGCGGUUGCCGGGGCAUACUGCACUGGUGAGAAGCCGAGAAGUCGCCGCCUUAUAGAUGACCAGUUUGAGAUGCUUCAGCGUCAAGAAUAUGGUACAGAGAGCGAAGAUGAGUAUGAUUAUUUCGAAGCUGAAGAGGAGGAAAUUCAAGAACCCCUUGCAGAAAAGCUGAAUCAUGCCCUCAAGCACCGUGUGAAGGAAGACUUGGAGCUCGAUGGCCAAUACAAAGUUCCUGCAGACCUCUUGCAUAACAAAGAGGGACCCGAAAAUGUGGAGUCAAUGGAGACUGCGGCUGAGGUUAUUUCCCGAUGCAUAGAAUAUGCUGAAAAAUACGAAAAUGAUGAUGUAGGUGAAGAGGUGGUCAUUGUGGAGGAAAGUAGUGACGAGUCUGAAGUGUUGGAUUGUGAGACUAUUGUUUCGACUUAUUCAAAUCUUGAUAACCACCCUGGGAAGAUUGGAGCUCCUGAAGGAAGGAGAAAGAAGAAGUUAGCUGAAAAGGUCUCGGGAGCCUUGAGUGCCCCCAGCCCUAUCAUAUCUCUUAAAGGGAAAGAGAAGCUUCCUGUGGACUACUUACCUCACGGUAGGAAAUCUGCUAUUGAAAAGGUGAAAGAUGCGACUACCUUAAGAAAAGAUGAGCAGAAGAGGAAGCAACAUGGUCAGGAGUCAAAGGAGGAAAAGAAAGAGCGGAAGGGUGCUGUAAAGGAAGAAAGGCGUGAAGCGCGUCGUGUGAAAAAAGAAGUGAAGGAACUAUACAGGGGUGAGGCGCAACGUGCUCAGAGAGUUGCUGCCUUUACUGGUCCAUCUGGCAUUCAUCUUAUGUAAUUUGACUUGAAGACAGUACAAUCUGCCAUCUGGACAUUUCUUACAAAGGAACUAUAGUUUUGCACUUACUGGAUUGCCAUGACACCAGAGCAGCAUACUGUGCAUGGAUACAUCUUUGGGUUAUCUGCAUUUAAUUUUGAAGUACUGGUUAUGGUGAUACUUAGGGCUACUGGUAGCAAGUGCCAGAUGAGUUACUGGAAGCAUGAAACUAAAGCAUACAAUAUAACCAUGCUGCAGGCGUGCAUUCUGCUCGAGUGUGUAUUGCUCUGCUGUGCAUGACAUCAGGUUUUUUUCAGUAGUGUUUUUCCGUGCUUUCAAAGGCCAAGUUUUUCUGUACUUGAACUCUGGUUUAUCCAAAUAUUAUGAGGACUUUAUUUAAUGAGCACUGAAUAAUAGCUCACCACCUCCUA